CACACACACACACACACACACUGAUGGAUCCGGCUUCUCUCACAUCCCUCGGACACCUGAAAUCCAUUUCUCUAACUGCACGAAGACGUUGCCAAAAACCCAACUGCGACCAGUAUGUGGAGGGAGGAUUGUAAAAAAUCCCAUUAUGCUUGAAUCCAGAAACUAUGAGUGACGGUCCAGCUGCUGAGGCGCUCUGGCGGAUGGGAAGUUGUGAGUCAGAGCCGGAGGACCAGCAACUUUUAUAGACUUUGAAGUCUACCGCCUGCAAGUAUCCAGCAGCCCCAAUUUAGACUUCUUUGACUCAGGGAUUGUGCGUCUGGAGAGCUUUGACAUUAGACCAGCGUUUUUAGGUUAUGUGCUGUCGAGGGCGACUUGAAGCGGCAAGGAGAUGGCAUUUCUCUAAAGAAAAGAUCUCUGGUUUUUGUGGUUGACAAUGGAGAAUAAAUGAAAGGGACGUUUCCCGGGAUUAAUUGACAGCACAACGACAGUUCCCUCUGAUGUCCGCUCAGUGUACAUGACUGGAGUACAGACUGUGAUGCCGCGGGGCCCGAUCAUGUAAAGUUCAUACGCCUCCGUUGUACAAAUGCGGGAGAGGGACCUACAGAGCAUGUGCAGAAGGGCGCUGCUGCUGACCGUCUGUAUGGUGUCUCUCUGGGGACAACUGACCAGUGCAUCAUCACACAGAAGCCACAUAGUUCAUGUGAAAGCGGGAACCUGCGAGGUAAUUGCUGCACACCGAUGCUGCAACAAGAACAAGAUCGAAGAGCGAUCCCAGACUGUCAAAUGCUCCUGCUUCCCUGGACAGGUGGCAGGAACAACAAGAGCGGCUCCAUCUUGUGUAGACGCAUCCAUAGUUGCACAGAAGUGGUGGUGCCAGAUGCAUCCCUGCAUGGAUGGGGAAGAGUGUAAAGUGCUGCCAGACCUCAAAGGAUGGAGCUGCAGUACAGGAAACAAAGUUAAGACAACAAAGGUCACACGAUAGUCGUCUGUUUCCAGGAUACCCUUGUUUGGAACCAGACGUUGUUUCUUUGACCAACAACCGUAGGACAUUUGGAUAUCAUGUGUUUUGAGGAUUGGUGGAAACCAGGGACCAAUAAGGACAAUAAUCACAGACAUUCCACUGAACGAAUGGAGGAAAAGGAGCAGGAAGCAUCAUAUAAGACUACAUAUCCGAAAAGAUUCCUGACUUUAGAUCCAGCAUCAACAGUAGUUGUCUCUGAACUCUACUGCCCACCAAAUCUCUCUUUGUAUUAUAGUUUUAUUCCUAUGGACUAGAAGACUCAACCAUGAAGAUAUUUAUUGACUUAAGAGACUGUGGAUUCCACCUGAAAAAAUAUUCUUAGAACAAAACCAUGUGAUGUGAAAUUUUUGUGUUAUUUUCUUGCCAGAAAGCGCCCCAGAACUCUCGAUGCAUAUCUGUGUUAAAGAUCUAGUGAGAUCAUAAGCAUUUUCAUUCCUUUUAGCCUUAUGGAGCCAAUAUCUUCUGUUUCUUGUUUUUUUGAUUUGAAACUAUUGAGUGUUUGGCUUUCUUAAGUUUGUUAGGACGUCGAGUCUUCUUUUCAAAGACUUGAUGUGUCAAAAAAAAUUAUGCCACAACAAUAAAACCCUGAAAAAAAUGUAAUGAUGGUUGACUUCAAGUCACCAAGGGUCAACACAGCUGAGUUCUGCCAAAAUGUUUUAAUGGUAUCUGUUGUUUUCAAAGCCUGGUGACUACCAUUGAUGACAAAUGUCAGUAUUAUAUCAAUAA